GUUUGAAAAUAGGCGGUGAUCUGUAAAUCACACAUGCAAAGAUUUUCUCCUCUCCUCGAUCAGAGCAGCUGUCAGUUUCUCUUCAGACUUCAAACAGCUAUUCGUCUAGCAGUUUCGUUUUUGUAAAAUCUCUGCAACAAUGGCGCAGUUUGUCCAGCUGGCGGCAGUGUUGAGUUUGUGUCUCCUGGCAGCGGUGGUGAACGCUCAGGAUAAUGGGCCUGUUCAGAAUACUUAUGGAGAGCAGGUCUGCACUCACUACACUGAUUCUGGCAACAUACUUCUGGACGGAACAAGGUUCUUUGACUUGAUGAGGUUUGAGUUCGGAGGAGAUAUCCAGACUCUGACCCCAAUGGUGACUCAGCAAUGGAUGCAAGAUGCCGAUACUGAUCAUGACAAUCGCCUCAACUUUGUGGAGUGUUCCCUUGUCGUCCAGAGAGUGCAUGAAUCUGUCCACAGGCCUCCUCAGAUAUAAAGAAGUCAUACCGACUGGCUAAAGUAGCUUGCACAUGAAAAAACUCACACACACUUAUAUUGAAUGCAAGCCCAGUGGCUUAACCUCAUAUAAUCUCUUAUAUAUAUCCUAUACAUAUAUCACACUGUGAUCUAUAACUCAGAAUAAAUUAAAGCAAUGAUCUGUAUGAGAAAUUACUGUCAAAUAAACGAUUUAAAAUAA